GGCAAGCUAAAAGGGUGCCUGGCGCAAGCGAGGGCGAGGCAGAGGUGUUUGUCGCACGCUAUUGCGUCUGUGUAGUUUAUCUCAGCUGUUCAUUCUGAUAAUCAUUCGUCUUUAACUUUUUCUCCUACCUUACAAUUUUUUCCGUAAAUGAACAGUCGGAUAAACCAUACGUCUGUAUGCCCGCUAGCGGAAGACCGGAGCCCCGAGCGGCAGCCGCAGCCACCGCCACCGCCGCACGGCGUGUCACGUACUCGCGUCCUAGCAAUGCAUCACCUACCCGAUCGGCAGCUGCGCUCUCGUCGUUCCGAGGAACCCGCCGCCCCGGCGCGCUACGUGGCUGCGCGAUCUCCCAGGCGGCACACAAGGGACACGAACCAACGCAAAAGGUUUCGUGAUCUCUGAUGAGUGCAUACAAGAGUCCACCAAGCACCGAAAAGCCCCUAAGCAGCUCACGUGUUUGGGGCAUCCGCUAGCCCACUUCGUUGCAUAAGCUUACGAUUCCUCGGCGGUCAGCUCUGCCGGGUCCCGAAGACAACAGCUAGCUACGCACGAGCGUGGAAACAGAGCGAUGGCCAGCUGCAACGGCGAGUCGAAUGCGACGCCUUGCGAUGGCGUCGGCGGCGGGGAGCAGCAGACAUGGCACCACCAGGAGGUCGGGCACAAGAGCCUCCUCCAGAGCGACGCGCUCUACCAGGAACAUCAUAUGACGACGCCAGGGGACGAGGAGCAGUUCCUGAGCAUGCUUCUCAAGCUCGUCGGCGCCAAGAGGACCAUGGAGAUCGGCGUCUACACCGGCUACUCCCUCCUGGCCACCGCGCUCGCCAUCCCCGAGGACGGCACGAUCCUGGCCACGGACAAUCGGACAUCAACCGGGAGAACUACGAGUUGGGCCUGCCGUGCAUCAAGAAGGCCGGCGUCGCGCACAAGGUCGACUUCCGCGAGGGCCCCGCGCUGCCCGUCCUCGACCUCCUCCAAGACGAGAAGAACCUGGGGUCGUUCGACUUCGUGUUCGUGGACGCGGACAACUACCUCAACUACCACGAGCGGCUGAUGAAGCUGGUCAGGCUAGGCGGCCUCGUCGGCUACGACAACACGCUCUGGAACGGCUCCGUCGUGCUCCCCGACUACACGCCGAUGCGCAGCUACAUCCGCCACUACCGCGACUUCGUGCUCCAGUUCAACAGGACGGUCGCCGACGACGACCGCGACGAGAUCUGCCAGCUCCCCGUCGGCGACGGCAUUACACUCUGCCGACGCGUCAAGUGAUGCUACGCAACGGAGGAUGCCGUUGGCUAGUUGGUUACCUGAAUACUGGAUUACCUACUUAAACUAUCGAUAUCGCUGAUGGAACAAACUAGUCUCUUUACUAAUGCUAUCUAGGUUAUCUGCACUCUGUUGUGCAUUUUGCCAUUUGCGUGGAGCCGAUAAAGAAUACAUACAGCUAUAGAGCGCCCUGCUCCCCAUUUUUAGUGUUAAACUCUGCUCAAUGACUUACGACUUCACGUCCUAAAAUGUUUCUCAAAGAGAUGGGAAUCGAAAUGAGGCAUUCACAAAUCACAACGCAGGGUUGGUCGCACUGAUCAGCAGUCACAGGCCCAAACACCGAUCGAGCCGAGGGGAAAAAACAAGCCACAAAAAUGGCGAUCCUUAUCAGGGAUCAGCAUUUCUUUAUACAGAAAUGACGGACUGCA